UUGACCUUGAUCGUAGCUCGAGCACCUCGGUUGCCUUUAUAUGGGCAUUGGCUUCAGCGAUGUGCAAGAAAGCAGAGAGUUUCAUUGGUUGGUUACGCACAAGUGCCUCCGGUAGACGUCAGGUAUCUUCAGUUCUGCACGCCUAUUUAACCGCCGAAUUCUGCAACCAACGCCGGCAAUGCCGCGAGCCGUGUCCGACGGUGCCGACAACCUCGACGCCGACAUGGACAACGGCGCCGCGCAGCAGCAGCACGACGGCUACAAUGUCGGCGCGCCGCCGAAGAAGAACCUCCUGGCGGAGUUCGCCGGCACGGUGAAGGAGACGUUCUUCUCCGACGAGCCGAUGCGGCGGUACAAGGACCAGCCGAGGUCCAGGAAGCUAUGGCUCGCCUUGCAGCACGUCUUCCCGGUGUUCGAAUGGGGCAGACAAUACACCCUCGCCAAGUUCAAGGGCGACCUCAUUGCCGGCCUCACCCUUGCCAGCCUCGUCAUACCUCAGGACAUCGGCUACGCGAAGCUUGCUAACCUGCCACCAGAGAUUGGGCUGCACAGUAGCUUCGUCCCGCCAUUGAUAUACGCUCUGAUGGGCACCUCAAGGGAGCUAGCAAUGGGUCCAGUGGCCGUCAUCUCACUGCUGCUUGGUACUCUCCUCCAGGAGGAGAUUGACUCAAAGAAGAACCCGCUAGAUUACAGACGGCUCGCCUUCACAGCGACCUUCUUUGCAGGAGUCACACAGGCGGCGCUGGGUUUCUGCAGGCUAGGGUUCAUCAUAGCGUUCCUGUCUCAUGCUGCCAUCAUCGGAUUCAUGGCCGGCGCCGCCAUCACCAUUGCUCUUCAGCAGCUUAAAGGCUUCCUUGGAAUUGCAAACUUCACCAAGAAGACUGACAUCAUCUCGGUCAUGAAAUCAGUCUGGGGAAAUGUUCACCAUGGGUGGAACUGGCAGACAAUAUUGAUCGGAGCAUCAUUUUUGGCAUUCCUCCUGGUUGCCAAGUACAUCGGCAAGAAGAACAAGAAGCUCUUCUGGGUCCCAGCAAUUGCACCACUCAUUUCGGUGAUCAUUUCAACUUUGUUCGUCUACAUCACUCGUGCUGACAAACAAGGCGUCGCAAUCGUAAAAAACGUCAAGAAAGGCAUCAAUCCACCUUCAGCUAGCCUGAUAUUUUUCACUGGCCCAUACUUGCUCAAAGGAUUCAAAAUUGGAGUAGUAGCUGGAAUGAUAAGCCUUACGGAAGCGAUUGCAGUUGGAAGAACAUUUGCUGGAUUGAACGAUUACCAGAUAGAUGGGAACAAAGAAAUGUUGGCUCUAGGAACCAUGAAUGUGGUCGGUUCAAUGACGUCUUGCUAUAUAGCCACAGGUGGUUUUGCACGAUCAGCAGUCAAUUGCAUGGCUGGAGGUAAAACACCAAUGUCCAAUAUUGUUAUGUCAACUGUAGUAUUGCUUGCACUCCUGUGGAUCACUCCAUUGUUCAAGUACACGCCCAAUGCCACCAUUUCUUCCAUCAUCAUAUCAGCAGUGCUUGGCCUAUUUGACUUUGAAUCAGCCUACCUUAUCUGGAAGGUUGAUAAGUUGGACUUCAUGGCGUGCUUGGGGGCAUUCCUUGGAGUAAUAUUUUCAUCUGUGGAGUAUGGCUUGCUCAUUGCGGUUGUAAUAUCACUAAUCAAAGUUCUGCUCCAUGUAACACGGCCAAGGACAGCUUUACUUGGCAACCUUCCAAGAACGAUUAUCUAUAGAAAUGUUGAACAAUAUCCAGAAGCUACCAAGGUGCCAGGGAUGCUAAUUGUAAGAGUGGACUCAGCAAUAUACUUCACAAACUCCAAUUAUGUUAAAGAAAGAAUGCUGAGAUGGCUGAGAGAUGAGGAAGAACAUCAAAAGGAACAGAAGUUACCAAAAAUUGAGUUUCUGAUUGUUGACCUAUCUCCUGUAAAUGAUAUUGACACAAGUGGAAUCCAUGCCUUCAAAGAGUUGUUGAGGACACUUGAAAAGCGCCAGAUUCAGCUGAUUUUCGCCAAUCCUGGGGCGGCUGUGAUCCAAAAGCUCCGGUCAGCAAAAUUCACAGAGCUCAUUGGUGAAGAAAAGAUAUGCCUGACAGUUGGUGACGCCGUAAAGAAAUUUGCUCCCCAGUUGACUGAGAAUGUCUGAACUCUGAAGAAGGUGCAACAAGUUAUAUUCAAGAGGUGUCAUUCUUUUAGAAACUCAGUGUUAGCAAGUGCACUUUCAUAGUGCAAAGCGGCACUGGAGUAAAUAACGUAGUUGGGGAGGGAGAUGGUAAAUAAAGUAGUGUGCUGGACCUGAAGCCCACCAGAUUUGCCAGGUGUAGUUGGGGAAAAGAACAUAUGCAGAGAAGCAUAGUUGGGUAUGUAAAUGGGUAUAUCAGUGCAUGCAACAGGGGUCGGCAAGGCAAGCACAUGGAUGAAUAUUUCUUGUAUAAAAAGUGUGAUGCUUGAUGAUUUUAAUGUAUCAUCGUCUAGAUCAAAUAAAUUUCAUUGUUUGUUUGUGUUGAUCGAUCAAUAUCUGAUAGUAUUCCCUCGUUCA